AUGCCAGCCUUCUGCCCCAUCGAGCAGGGCGUGCCUGCGUUGGCCAUCGAGGGUCUUGCUGUUGGAGUUGGUUUUGGGGCUAUAGAGAAGACAGCAUCUGCCACCUUUGAGAGUGCCAGGAACCUGGCCAUUGGGAUUGGGAUCCAGAACUUCCCUGAGGGCCUGGCUGUCAGCCUUCCCUUGCGAGGGGCAGGAUUCUCCACCUGGAGAGCCUUCUGGUAUGGGCAGCUAAGUGGCAUGGUGGAGCCCCUGGCUGGGGUCUUUGGCGCCUUCGCCGUGGUGCUGGCUGAGCCCAUCCUGCCCUACGCCCUGGCCUUUGCUGCUGGUGCCAUGGUCUACGUGGUCAUGGAUGACAUCAUUCCCGAAGCCCAGAUCAGUGGUAAUGGAAAACUUGCAUCCUGGGCCUCCAUCCUAGGAUUCGUGGUGAUGAUGUCACUGGACGUUGGCCUGGGCUAGCGCUGAGACACUCUGGACCCCAGGAAAGGCAGCACAAGAAAAUGGCAGUGGUUGGCUUCCAUGGGACCACAGGCCUCUUUCCUCACAUUAAAACAUUUUUCCUUUCUCUCC